AUGCACACUUUAGGAACGGCGCAAAUCAGAAUUGCUCAUGCUCAGCGAUUCAUGGCUUUCUGUCCAGUUGCUCUCACGCCGCUCGGGUUACGCCAUGGCCAGUUGGAGGUGAGAUGUCUCAGGAGUGUUGACGUCCAAUUUGAUGUCUUUGGAGGCACUGCAUCUGAUCUCCCCAGUCUUCUGAGGGAAGUGGGCGCCAUGGUGAAGGAGAAAAGAAGCCGGCGUAAAUCCCAAUCCAUUCCCACUGGCAGCGGGGAUUCAAUCUUGUCAGAUAGCGACAUCGACUUGGAGGCUGAGGCUCUCGUUCGGGAAGUUCGCCGCCGAUUAGAACGUGACACAGUAUCGAAUUUUAUAUGCGAUCGACACCUCCCCGCCGCCCUCUCGGGCGACGAUGUCCAGGACUACGUGUUAAGUAACGCUGGGUACCUCUAUACCGCACUGCUAUAUAUAUAUUGUGGCAUUCAGGCACUCCCGAUCUCGUCCCCAGAAGUCCAAGAUGUUGUCAAUGGCUUGGUUUGGUGCAGCCAAAACAUGAAACGAUCCGUAGGCUUUUCUCCACGGGUGCUCUUGGUGACUCCGUUGUUUACGGCAGGAUUAUGCGCGGUGGGAACUGCACGAGCCGAUGUGAAGGCUGCAUUAGAAGAUAUUGGAAAUUUGGUGGGGAUGCCUCAUAUCCCUACUACACUGUCUAUUCUGGAAGGAGUAUGGGCGACAUUCGAUGGAAACGCCGAGAAUGAAGAUGUCUGGUCGUAUUUCGAUCGGCCUUUAUUUGUUGGUCUUGGGCGGCGGAAGAGUCGAAUCCCCCGGUUUAUCACCAUCUUAGACCAUCCGUACGUCAAAGAAUAUCAACGUGCCAUUGAAAGUCUCAGCGACCCUGUGCAAUUUUUUUGCUACCCCGAGUCGCAGCUGGGAGCCCUUCUCCCGCCAAUACCAGAUGACAUAUUCAAGAAGCUGAGCCUUGAGAACAACAGAUGGGCUCACACAGUCGAGAUUCUAUCCAGCUUUGUGGAUUGCCCUCUGGCAAUAGAGAAGCUUGAAGAGCUGAAUGUAAAGAUCAGCUCUUCAUCUCCUAGUAAAUAUCAUAAACCUUCAGCAAAAGCCUACCCCAUCUUUACCCGACUACUCAAGGAAGCUGUACAGCUUAAGACUCUGGCGUGGAUGGACCCGUAUCCGGAAUUCGAUUCGCAUGAUGUGACUUCGGCGUUGCAUAAAUACUUGGCGGACCAAAAGCUCAAUCUUCCAAGUGUCACUACCUUGAUUCUUGGGCCUAACGCAGAGUUCUUUGUGUCCGCGGCACCCAACCUACAGAAGAUAUCCUCAGCGCCAGGUUUUGCGUGGUUGGGGCGCGGUUUCAACUGGCUCCACAGGUAUGAAAAAGGGCCGCAGCGGCGACUUGUACGAUCUCUGAGCCCAGCAAAGCAAUUGGAGGACGUUGAACUGCGCUUUAGCUUUAAUAGGGACUCAAUUGCCGACCUUGUUAAGGCAGCCCCAGGAAUGAAGAGGCUGUUGUUAGAGGAGUUGAGUGAUGGGGAUCAGCAAUAUGAAGAGAUUGGCUACGAAGAUUUGAAGAGCAUUAUUUUGGAGCUGGCCAAGUUAGAGAGCCUGACUGUACUUCGACUGCCAUACGUAAAUUCACUGGGUAUUAGCUCGUUUCCAGAUCCUGGUAAAGGUUGUGGUCAUGCGUAUUCUACGCUUGGGGGAACCAAGUUAGCACGGAUCCACCUUCUCCAUGAAACCCGAGAAACAGAAGAAGCCGCUGAUAUCAUUCUCCAAUCACUCCCGCAACUCACGAAGCUCUGCAUCAAGGAGUGUGCCGACGUCAAAGCAGGCAAGAUCGUCCGAUGGCCUUGGACUGGACGGCUGAGAGAUCAUAUUCUGGAAUCCUGGCCUCGACAUAAUUGGAUGGAUUCGGAAGAUGAUGUGAAGGAAGAUCCAGAUGGUCCCGUGCUCUACUCGUGGGAGGAGGACGAGGAAUGGUUCCCGACAUCCAAAGAGCACAGUAUUGAUGAGCUAUGA